UGCAAUUUCAUUUGCACACUGCAUGUUCUUGCAGAGUCUCGCUAUCCAUCUACGAACUCAGUCUCUCAAUGUUGCUUCCCGCAACUCACUUCACCUUUGCUUCUUCUUCUUCACUGCUCUUCUUCCCUCUUCAAUUCCCCAAAUCCAAAACCCGACCCGCCAAUUUCAUCAUUCGGAGCUCCACCUCCGACACCCAAACCCGAACUCUCCCACACUCCGCCAUCCAACGAAUCGCCGACAAACUCCGCUCCCUCGGCUUCACCGACCAACCCGCCACCCCAACCUCCACCACCACUUCCAAUCCCUCCGCCGCCGCCGGAGAAAUCUUCGUCCCACUCCCCCACAACAUCCCGAAGCAUCGCGUGGGCCACACUCUCGACCCGAGCUGGAGCACGCCGGAGAAUCCGGUCCCGCUUCCGGGCACGGGAAUCGCGCGUUUGAGCGCGAAUGAGUUGGAGAAGCAGCGGAAGGAGAGGGAGAGGGAGAGAGAGAAGAAGAAAGAGGGGAAAGUGCCGACGCUGGCUGAGCUGAGCUUGCCGAAUUCCGAGAUAAUGAGGUUGACGACUCUAGGGUUUCAGAUGAAGCAGAAGAUCAAGGUUGGCAAGGCGGGGAUCACCGAAGGGAUCGUUAACGGGAUUCACGAGCGGUGGCGGCGGUCUGAGGUUGUGAGGAUUGUUUGUGAUGAUAUUUGCAGGAUUAACAUGAAAAGGACUCAUGACUUGUUGGAGAGAAAAACUGGAGGACUUGUUGUUUGGAGAUCGGGAAGUAAGAUAAUAUUGUACAGAGGGAUUGAUUAUAAGUAUCCUUACUUCCUCUCAGAUAAGGAUUCGAGAGAUGAACACAUUGGUGAUGCUGAGCAACAUAUGGAUCGCGAUGAUGAAAAAGAGAGCCACUCAUCUGAAACAAACUCAGAAAUAUAUGCUGGUCAUAGUUCAAACUCCAAAACAUCAAAGCCAGCUUUGAUACAAGGUGUUGGUACUCCAAAUAGAGUACGAUUUCAACUGCCAGGUGAGGCAGAGCUUGCAGAAGAUGCAGACAGCUUAUUAGUGGGGCUUGGGCCACGAUUUACUGAUUGGUGGGGGUAUGAACCUCUGCCUGUCGAUGCUGAUCUUCUACCUGCUGUUGUUCCUGGAUAUAGGCAGCCUUUUCGCCUACUUCCAUAUGGUGUGAAGCCUAAACUGACGGAUGAUGAAAUGACAACUUUGAGGAGACUUAGCAGACCUAUACCAUCCCAUUUCGCGUUAGGUAGAAACAGGAAACUUCAAGGAUUGGCUGCUGCAAUUAUUAAGCUUUGGGAAAGAUGUGAGAUUGUCAAGAUUGCUGUAAAGAGAGGUGUGCAGAAUACUAACAGUGAGAUUAUGGCUGAAGAGAUAAAGCAUCUAACCGGAGGAAAUCUCCUUGCUCGGGAUAGAGAAUUUAUUGUCUUUUAUAGAGGAAAAGACUUCUUGCCAGCUGCAGUAUCUUCAGCAAUUGAACAACGGAGGAAUAUUGGAUUAUACAAACUAAAGGCAGAAAACAGUUUGUCAGUAGUCCCUGCAGAUUCUGAAGGAAAUGGUGUGACCUUUCAGAAAGAUACAGAAAUCUUCAAAAAAGAAUUGUUAACUAAAGCUAAGGAAGCUAAUAAAUUCAAAAAGAGUAGCAUCAAAUUGUCAAUGGCAUUAGAGAAGAAAGCAAAGGCUGAAAAACUUCUAGCAGAGCUGGAAAAUGCAGAGAGCCCCCAAGAACAAGAAAUUGAUAAAGAGGGUAUUACGGAAGAAGAGAGAUACAUGCUGCGGAAGAUUGGCUUGAAGAUGCAGCCCUUCCUUUUAUUAGGUAGACGAGGGGUUUUUGAUGGAACAGUGGAAAAUAUGCAUCUUCAUUGGAAAUAUCGGGAGCUCGUGAAGGUAAUAUGUAAAGAGGGAAGCCUGGAAGCUGUUUAUCAGGUAGCUCAGACCUUAGAGGCAGAAAGUGGUGGAAUAUUAGUUGCAGUAGAGAGAGUGAGCAAGGGCUAUGCAAUCAUUGUGUAUCGUGGAAAGAAUUACAGUAGACCUGCUAGUUUGAGGCCUCAAACACUCUUAAAUAAAAAGCUAGCAAUGAAGCGUUCUAUAGAGGCACAGCGCUAUGAGUCAUUGAAGCUUCAUGUUUUGAACCUAGAUAAAAACAUAAAUGAGUUGAAACUUCAAAUGGUUAAAGAUGAGGCUAAUAGUAAGCAGAUGCCUGAAACGUUGAGAUCUGACUUGGUUAAAGAUGAGGCUAAUAGUAAGCAGAUGCCUGAAACGUUGAGAUCUGACUUGGUUACAGACAAACAUGGAGCUAGUACAAAUUCUACUAGUUGCAAUUCUCCAAAAGAAGCUUCUUUUGAGAAUCAACAAGCAAUACAGGAGCAGCAGGUUGAGCUCAUUGAUGGUGGUGGAGCUCGUCCAGGUGAAUUAGAUUCCUGGGCUGGUUCGAUUCAUAAAGAAACACAGCCGGACGUAGUGAGUGAUUCUGUGGUGGAUGCUGGACACUGUGCCUCUAAUGAAAAAGAUAUGGAAUCAUCAAUCGCAUCAUCAAAAAGUGAUCCUGAACCACCAGCUUCAAUUAUAAGUAGGAGAUCGAAUGAUUUACCUUCCAGAUCUGUAUUUCUUUCCAACAGAGAGAGACUACUUCUUCGAAAGCAGGCCUUACAGAUGAAAAAGCGACCUGUCCUUGCCAUAGGAAAGAGCAAUACUGUGAGUGGUAUUGCCAAAACAAUCAAGACUCACUUCCAGAAACACCCUCUUGCCAUAGUUAACGUCAAAGGAAGGGCAAAAGGGACCUCAGUUCAGGAAGUGGUAUUCAAGCUAGAGCAAGCAACAGGUGCCGUUCUAAUCUCUCAGGAGCCUAGCAAAGUAAUACUUUACAGAGGUUGGGGUGCAGGAAAGAAACCUGGCACUGCAAAAGAAGUUAAUGAAAUGGGUAAAGAGGAAGAGGCAAAGCCCAUUGUGUCUCCUGAACUGUUGGAAGCAAUCAGAGUAGAAUGUGGGUUGCAGUAACAAACAAAACAUAGAGAGAAAAAUUGGUGCAAAUUGACGAUAGAUAUUAAAUUUUUUUAGGGUGUCAAACAUAUGAUUGUAGUGAGAAGGAGAACACCAAACAGUGUUUUCUUGGACUUCUUGUUACCGUCACUGACCAUGAUGUAUUGCUGCAAUGUUAAUGCAAUGUUCUUUACCACAGGCACGUUGGAUGAAA